GCUCAUUGUAAACAUUGCCUGGCGCUGCUUAAAGAUCACGCUUCUUCAAGUUUGAUAAAAUGUCGGAAAUAUCAGAAGAAAACAUUAAGAAAGCAGAGGAAAUUAAAAGCGAAGCCAAUGAGUAUUUUAAAAAACAGCAGUAUGACAAGGCCAUAGAACUUUAUACAGAGGCGAUAGAACUGAACAACACUGUAGCUGUCUAUUAUGGAAAUCGCAGCUUUGCAUACUUGCGUACAGAAUGUUUUGGCUAUGCUCUUCAGGAUGCUUCCAAGGCCUUGGAACUUGAUAAAAACUAUGUUAAGGGUUACUAUAGAAGAGCUUCAGCUUACAUGUCACUUGGAAAAUUUAAGCUUGCCCUUAAGGAUUAUGAAACAGUUACAAAGACACGUCCAAAUGAUAGAGAUGCUAAGGUGAAGUACAACGAAUGCCAGAAAGUUGUGAAGAUGCUCAUGUUUCAGAAGGCCAUUGCUGUGGAUGAUGAUAAAAAAUCUAUUGCAGAAGCUAUAAACUUGGAAUCUAUGGUCAUAGAAGAUGAUUAUGUUGGACCAAGACUUGAGGAUGGAAAGGUGACUGAACAUUUUAUGAAAGAAUUAAUGGAAUAUUAUAAAGCUCAGAAGAAACUCCAUCGGCAAUAUGCAUACAAGAUAUUGCUAGAUGUGAAAGAACACUUGAUGAAGCAGCCAACAUUGGUUGAUGUCACCAUUCCUGAGGAUGCAAAGUUCACUGUGUGCGGUGACAUUCAUGGCCAGUACUACGAUCUCAUGAACAUUUUUGAACUGAAUGGUCUACCAUCAACCACAAAUCCCUAUCUGUUUAAUGGAGACUUUGUUGAUAGGGGUUCAUUUUCUGUUGAAUGUAUAUUUGUAUUAUUUGGUUAUAAGCUACUCCUACCUAACCAUUUCUUCAUGUCUAGAGGAAAUCAUGAAAGUGUAACUAUGAAUCAGAUGUAUGGGUUUGAAGGGGAAGUUAAGGCUAAAUACACAGCACAGAUGGCAGAACUCUUCACUGAAGUAUACAACUGGCUGCCUCUUUGUCACUGCUUGAAUUCCAGGGUUUUGGUAAUGCAUGGAGGUCUGUUUUCCUCAGACAAUGUAACCUUAGAUGACAUCAAAGCCACAGACAGGAACCGACAGCCUCCAGAAGAAGGAAUCAUGUGUGAGCUGCUGUGGAGUGACCCCAUGCCAGCAAUGGGGAGAGCUCCAAGCAAGAGAGGUGUGGGGAUCCAGUUUGGGCCAGAUGUCACUAAGAAGUUCCUAGAAAAGAAUAACCUGGAAUAUGUUAUACGUUCCCACGAAGUUAAAGCAGAGGGGUAUGAAGUUGCUCAUGAUGGAAAAUGCAUAACAGUAUUUUCUGCACCUAAUUACUGUGAUACCAUGGGGAACAAAGGUUCUUUCAUAACCCUGAGUGGGAAAGACAUGAAACCAAGAUAUACAACGUACCAGGCUGUGCCACAUCCACCUGUGAAGCCAAUGGCAUAUGCCAAUUCCAUCCUAAGUUUGUUUAGUUAGGGAACAAUACUCUUUGUAGUCCAUUAGUCCAACAUAGUGUAUGAAUAUGCUGGAAUUGUUAAUUGGUGCAAGUUAGAGGACACAGAAUAAUAUAUCUGCCCAUCUAUUGAGUACAACAUAGGAAACCACUCAUGAAAUUUCAGUAGCCUUAUGGUUUAUGUAACUCAGAUACUACAUAAAUACUUACUAAAAUGUAUGCAAAAGCAGGAAACAAGAUAUAACUUCAGACUGUAUACUUUGUAGUACCACUUUGUGUACCAGCAAAUUGUAUGUAAAAAAGAUGAGGAACUCUG